CCCUUAAGGUGCAAAAUGGGUGAUGAAGUGAAAGUUUUUGGAUUCUGGGGUAGCCCUUUUAGCCGCAGGGUAGAGCUCGCUUUGCUGUUCAAAGGUAUACCCUAUGAAUACAUAGAAGAGGAUGUUUUAGGGAGCAAGGGCCCUUUGCUUUUGCAGUACAAUCCUGUUCAUAAGAAAGUUCCAGUUCUCCUUCACAACGGCAAACCAAUUGCAGAGUCGCUUGUGAUACUUGAAUACAUCAACGAAACUUGGAAAUCUAAUCCUCUUUUGCCAGAGGAUCCUUAUGAUAAAGCCAAAGCUCGAUUCUGGGCCAAGUUCAUGGAUGACAAGUGCAUGCCCGUGAUUCAGAAAGCUAUAUUGGCGCCGGAGAAGGAGCGAGAACAGGCGGCCGAAGAAGCUUGUGAGUGUCUGAAAGCGCUUGAAAGUGCACUGAAUGGGAAGAGAUUCUUUGGGGGAGAUGCGAUUGGAAUGGUAGACAUUGCUGCCAAUUUUGUAGGAUUUUGGCUUAGGAUCAUUCAAGAAGUUGCCGGAGUGGAGUUGUUGUCGGCUGAGAAAUUCCCUGACUUGUUCAAAUGGACCGACGAGUUUGUAAGUUGCAGCAUUGUCAGGGAAAAUUUUCCUCACAAAGACAAAGUAUCGGUCGCUUUUAAAGCUCGUAUUGAUCGAAUGAGAGAAGCUCAAAACUAAUGACCCUAAUUGAACUUUUUUCCAAUGAUGGUCUCUUUUAUAUUAGUUGGUUCCGUUUGUAAUCUCAAUAUAUUCUUAAAUGUGACAUUUGCUCUUGCUUUCGAGCAAAAAAAACAAUCACUUGCUCUUAAAUAAAAAUGUCAAAUUACUGCUGUUGGUGUA